CCAACACCCUAAUUAAUGGCGCCCAUACGUGCCUCCAAAACACCCCCCUCCCAUUUAUCUCCCCCUCCUUCUCCUCUAUUCCCCCGCUCUUCUCCCGCGGUUGCACGCACGCGCCAUCCCUCUUCCUCUUCCUCUAGAUCUUCCUUCCCAUCUCGUGUCGAUUCUCUUCCUACUUUUGUCUCUCGCGGUUGCUCUUCGUCGCAGAUUAGUUGUGAGCCAGAGCCUGUAUGCCGGCGUGCUGCUAGAUGGUUUCUGAGGCGGUGGGCUUCAUGUCUCGAGCGGCGGACGGUGGCAUGGCGGCGGAGCUCGUCACGCGUGACUUCCUCGGCGGGUGCGCCACCGCCGGCGACGACGCCGCCGCCAGGCACGACGCAUCCGUGGUACGUACGCAACAACUCAAGCACCUGAGCCCGCCGUCGACACGGGACCUCAACCUGUUCCCCGUCUCCGGCGCCGCGCCAGGGACGACGGAGCCGGCGGCAUCAGCCGUCGCCGCGGCCACGACGACGUACCACAGCGUGUGCACGAUCGAGAAGGUGAAGACGGCGCUGGAGCGGUUCGAGCGCGGCAAGCAGGGGCAUCAUCAGCAGCUCAGCGGCCCCGGCGCCGGCGCUGCCUCCCCGUCGUCGUCGUCGGUGACCACGUCCUCCAUCAAGCGCGGCGCUGUGGAGCAGGGCGACGGCUGCGACUCGCCAUCGGCCGCCGCGGGCGGGGGCGGGAUGGUGGCGGCGGCGUGCCCGCGGUGCUUCCUGUACGUGCUCAUCUCCCGGAGCGACCCGCGGUGCCCGCGCUGCGAGUCCCACGUGCCGCCGCCCCCGUCGGCCCCCAUGCACAAGAAGAAGCCGAGGAUCGACCUCAACGUCGGCUUCCUCGGAACCUAGCCGUUCACCGCUCACCGCCGU